AAUGACGCUGCACGCGCGCCCCACGCUGCUGAGUCGGUGUGAGUGAGUGUGGAGAGAAUGGCAGCAGAUAAACUCCCAGCAGCAGAUCUCCCAACACACAGCGAGUUUCUGGAUUAACCCUCUCCCACACCCUUCAGCGCUACUCCACAACUACAGGACCGUCUGAGCCACCAUGAAGCUCCUCCACAAAGACAUAGAGAAGGAUAAUGCGGGUCAGGUGACACUGAUUCCAGAAGAGGCAGAGGAUAUGUGGCACACUUACAACCUGCUUCAGGUCGGCGACAGUCUGAGAGCCUCCACCAUCAGGAAGGUGCAGACAGAAUCAUCCACAGGCAGCGUGGGAAGCUCACGGGUCCGAACAACGCUGACCGUCUGCGUAGAGACCAUCGACUUUGACUCGCAGGCCUGUCAGCUUAGGGUGAAGGGCACCAACAUCCAGGAGAACCAGUAUGUUAAGAUGGGCGCCUAUCACACUAUUGAACUGGAACUCAACAGGAAGUUCACUCUUGCCAAAAAAGUCUGGGACAGUGUGGUGUUGGACAGAAUUGAGCAGGCGUGUGACCCCGCCCAGAAAGCAGAUGUGGCUGCAGUAGUGAUGCAGGAGGGCCUGGCCAACCUGGUGCUGGUGACUCCUGCCAUGACCCUGCUGAGGGCCAAGGUGGAGGUCACCAUUCCCCGCAAAAGAAGAGGCAGCUGUGCUCAACACGAGAAGGCACUGGAGAGGUUCUACGAGGCUGUGAUGCAGGGGAUUCUCAGACACUUCAACUUUGAUGUGGUGAAGUGUAUCCUGGUGGGCAGUCCAGGCUUCGUUAAGGACCAGUUCAUAGCUUACCUCUUUAAAGAGGCUGUGAGGCAGGACUGCAAAGUGCUGCUGGAGAACAGACCCAAGUUCAUGCUAGUGCACUCCUCCUCUGGACACAAGUACUCUCUAAAAGAGAUAUUGUCUGAUCCAGCAGUUACCAGUCGUCUCUCCGACACAAAGGCUGCAGGGGAGGUCAAAGCAUUAGAGGAUUUUUACAAGAUGUUGCAACACGAACCUGAUCGAGCUUUCUACGGAGUGGCACAUGUGGAAAAGGCUGCUGAAGCUUUAGCCAUCGACAUUUUGCUGAUCAGUGACAAACUGUUCAGACAUCAAGAUAUAGCCACCCGGAGCCGAUAUGUCCGGCUUGUGGACAAUGUGAGAGACAACGGAGGAACAGUCAGGAUAUUCUCAAGCUUGCAUGUGUCUGGGGAACAACUCAGUCAGCUUAGCGGCGUGGCAGCAAUCUUGCGAUUCCCCAUUGCAGACCUCUCUGAGGCCGAGGAGGACGACAGCAGUUCAGACGAAGAGUGAUCUUUAUGCUUCUGUUGUUGGCUGGCAGCGAACAUUCAGAAAACAUUUUGCGCUGGAAACAUCAUAAAGCGUUUAAACCACUCUAUCACCAUCACAACAUGAGUAACGUGCCUUUUACACCCAUAACAGUAAUAAUAUUGGUUAAUGGCAAAAUCAGCUAGGACCCCAGAAUCCCACAUUUUUCUGAUGUCAGCUCUUACUCACUGAUAACAAACCAGGUUUUAUUAUCAAAAUCUCUUCCUGUAUUAAAAAUGUAGUCAAAUGCGGAAUUUCUUCUCUUAUAUUUGGUCAUACCAUAAGAACAGUCUCUGUCUGGUCUGGUAAGGGUUAAACCAAACUCUGAGACACCAGAGAGUUCCUUUCUAUUUAAUUCCACUUCUGCUUGGGCAUGAAGCACAAACAUAAUAGUUAAGUAGACUGAGAAACACUAAAGACUGGUGUAGCCCUUAUGUAAGACUUGGAGAUAUACCUGCUGUUUGGCCAUGCGUAUGUGUACAAGACUUGCUUGUGCGUUAUGCAUGUUACUGGAGGCUUCCACUAGAGGGGCAGCUUGGGCGUCUGAUGGCUGCUGGACUAAACUCCAUCGUCUCCAUGCUCACUCAGUUUCUCCAGCAUUUUCUGCCCAUAUUUACGGUCAGGGUCAUUUCUAAAGGAUGAGCACAACCGAAGCUCCAAACAGACCCAGGACACAAGAAGCUGCCAUAAUGCGUACAUGUACACAUAGUUAACAGCUAGUAAAUCUCUACCCUAAAUUAGAUUUGUAAUAAUCUGGGUUCUACAGAUCAGAGUCCAGCAGAGUUUUGGGUAUCACAUUAUUUGGCUGGUCCAUAAUAUCUAUUUACCUUAAUGCAGCAUAACUAAUAACUAAUAAGUUAAAUGUAAAUGAUUGUCUAUAGAACUUUAUCCUACAUCUAACCUCAACCAUGAACCAACCUUAAAACCUAACCCUAACCCAGUCCUUAACCUAAAUCUUAAGGGACACAUUCCCAGACAGGGAUUAAGUCUAGUUGUGGACUAUAUUUUCUGUCAAUGGAAAAUCUCCAUUCAGAAUGGUGUGUAGUCCAAGACUAUAUUUAAUCCUUAUCUGGGAAACUAAAACUGACCCUAAAAAUGUUAUAAUUAUCUUGAGAUUGGGUGUAGACUUACAUGCAAUGAGAUCCAUAUACUUUCACCUGAAAGUUCAGUUGACAUUUUAUUGAAUGUUAGAGCUUUCCUGAAGCAUCUACAAUGGACCAUCCAAGUAAAGUGUGAACAAGUUUUGUUAUUUCAGCGCUGUAACAAGGAAUGCAUUCAGUUAUUGCACUCAUUGCUGACACAGAUACAAAUAAACACACCUUGUCUAGUCCCUGUGGAGUGGCACUGCCAAUAAACAACAAAAAUGGAAUUAUGGUGCUUCAUACAGUAGGCUUGUGCAAAGUUGGAUAGUUAGGGAUGAGGUGGGGUUCUGCUCAUCCAACAUCCUGACCUCACUAAUAGGCUAGUCAAUAAAUGUACUUUAUUCCUUACAGCAGUACACCUAAAUCCAAUACAGUGUCUUCUCUGGACUGUAGAAACAGAUAUUACACCAAAAGCAGGAUAAACUUGAAAUUUAAUACCCUUGAUUUCAGCAAAAACAAUGAAUAAGAGGGUGUCCCAUUUAGUGUAUUUUUUGAGCCUGCUAAUGAACAGAGAAUUUGAUUAUGGUGUGUUGGAGUGGGAAACACAACCAACAUUGCUGGACACCAGCCCUCCAGGACUGAAGAACAUAAUUAAUCACAUUUGAUUUGUGAAUGGUGGGAUGAGGUGGUCUGUAAUGAAGUGUAUUGCAGUACACAACAUGUAAAAAAAAAAAAAAAAUCAGUUUAAUAUUGCCUGAAAAUUUUCAAAUUAAUCAGCGGGCUGCCAUUCAUCUGGACAGUUUUUGGGGUGCCAAAUGAAAAUGAAAUGGGAAGAUGUUUAUCUACAUUCAACAAAUUAAGUUCAUUAGAAAAUGUAGCUUUCUUUCUUUACAUUCUGAGUGUACAUAAUAUUGUUACUUUCAAUAAAGCAGCUGCAGAGUUUCAGAA